GUGGGAGGUUUGGAGAGUCGGGGAGAGGGAGAACGAGCGGCUGGGUGCUGUAAAAUCCGUUAACAGGGGAGCUCUGUGUGUUUGUUAGACGUCUUGGCUGCUUGCCCAGCUCGGCUCGUUGUGAUCGAGRCAUGACCGUGGACUGGAGGCUGCCCACUCUGCUGCCUCGGCUGCCCUGCUCCUGGACCCGGCCCAGCUCUCACCGCUGACAUGGAACGACCCGUGAGUACCUUCUCUCUCCUUCCCUUCCCUCAUCUCUCUGGUGUUAUGUUCCUUCCUCUGCUCUGUCGCAGAUUUAGCUGUGGCUGCGUUUCACUUCUGUCCAGUGCUGUAGGAAGCAGGAACGCUGGGUAGGAGGGAAACCUUGGCAGCUUCUCCCUGCAGGCCCUUUUCCUCUCCCUUUUGCCCUCUCGUCGGGGCACGUGCGCCAUCGGUUUGCUGGCAGAGUGUGUUGUUCGACUGCGUUUUAGCUGCGCUGCUGCACUCCAGCCACCUGAGCCCGUAAGGUUUGCCAUUUGUAGAGGUUCCCUUCAGCCCUCCGCCAUUGGGCUCGCCGAGAUUCACAGUCCGCUCCCUGUGGAGCCUAUUCUUGGUGGUAUGUCCUCAUGGUGUGUUGUGUUUGGAUACCCUGACAACUGCAAGCAGUGAGGUAACCAUUUCCAGCCUGCCGCCUCUCUGAUUGAGUCUAAACUUUUCCUGUGCUGGGCUUUCAGAUCACAACUCAGAMCACCUCAGCUGAAGUGGYUCUUCGCAGGUAGAACAGCUGGGAGGACGUGAAAUGUGUUGAUGGUGUUUGUCCGCUCGUUAGCAGUGAGUCAUCACAUCGCGUAGAGACGACCUCGGCUCUUGGGUUGCCAUCGGUGCUACAGAACCACCAGUAACGAGAUGCCCAAGAGGGAUCACGAGAGAGAUCUGGAGCUGGACAAGAAGAUCGAGGCUCUCCGCAGGAAGAAUGAGGCGCUGAUGAAGAGGUACAAGGAGGUGGAAGAGGACAGGAAGAAGGCAGAAGAGGAGGGAAUGGCGCUGCAGAGUCGAAAAGGCAAAGCCGAUGAUCUUACCAUCACGAUCAGCAAGUCCACAGAUGAGAGUCGUGUGGUGGUGACAAAGCCGAGCAGCAGCGGGUCUCCAGCUGGAAAAGGACAGCAGGAUCCUGGACCUGACAGGGGGGAGGAAGGUCCAGCGCAGAGUUCUGGGCRAGGUCACAGGAAACGGCUGACGGUCACCAUGGCUGGCAAAAAGGGUAAGAGGGUGGUGAGUGAGAGACCAGAAAAGAGAUCAGGCCCUCCAGAUGUCAAGAGCCYCAUGGAUGACGAAGAGGUGAGGCACGCCGAGUCGACUGGAAAAGGAAAGCAGCAGUCUCAGAGAGAACCGGCAGCAGUACAGGCCUGUGUUCAGGAACAAGAAGACAAGCUUGUUGAGGAGGAUCCUAAAUGCCAGGAGCCUGAAAUCCUUGACGCCAGCACGGACCUCGACAUCCCAACGUCUCAGGAGGAGCAGGAGGAGUACCUGCGGUGGAAGAAGGAGCGCGAACAGAUCGACAGGGAGAGGGUGGCGCGCCACAAAAACGCCAAGGGUCAGUGGAGGCGGGCGUGGGACGUGGACAAAACUGAGAACAUGUUUUCAGAGAAAUGCCUUCCUGACAGAGACUGGGGGCCUUCGAGCAGAGGAGGUAGAGGUGCAAGGAGAGGGCAACAAAAGGCGGGCGGUGACUCCAGAAGUCAUAAGAGAGGCAAAGACAAGGCAGCUAAAAACGUGCUUGUGAUGAGCAGUAAAGCGAAAGGCAAGGAUCGUUUGACUGGGAGGGCCAGGAGGUGGCAGGCAGGUGAUGAUGAUGAUGGAGAGAACCGGCAGGUUUCUGAUACGACACUGGAGGAAUUCCUUGAGGAACUCGAUGCCUUGACGGAUGACAACAGAGAGGAUCCGAAGGAUCAGGACUCGAGAGCAAAGCCGGACCCGCUGAGUGCACCUGAAGAGGCGCAGGACCUCAGAGAGGACCCCGGCGCUCAGAAGAAAGCCCAGACCUCGUCGCCUCGGGGCUCUGAGAAGAAAGUGCGUUUCUCAGAGGAACUCGUCCAGACGCCUCCGGCCAAGCAGACGUCUCCAGGUUCUGCCGGUCCAGAAUCCAAAGGCUCCUCAAAAGCUUCAUCACCAAAAAGGAGCAAGCAUGAAGUGGAGAGGCCGCGGCUUCCUGCUGGGAAGCAGGAUGAUUCUCAGGACAAAGGAGGRAGUCUCUCUGCUCCUCCUGUUGCCCAGCAGCAGGUGUCUGAAACCGAACACACUAAAACAGAAAGAAGCCCCCCCGCAGCUCCCAGCCCCCCUCUUGCUGAAAAAUCCAGUGCCUCUGUGCAGCCUGUAGAGGUGUCCAAAUGCAGCAGCAAUGGCACAAACACAGAAGAACUAAUUGACUCCAGCCUGUCUGUUUUGAGGAUGGAGUCCAGAGAAACGCACCCAACACACUCCWCCAGCAAUGACAAGGCAAGAGAGCACGGGAAGAUUGUCUGACACUUUCGGAUAAAAAAACCCCACUGCAUUUGGAAGCUUUUAAUCAUAAUUUAAUUUCACUGCAGUGUGUCCCUCCUUGUUGAAUCUGAAAUUUGACACAGAAACGGGAGUGUUAUUGAAUAUAUACCCCUCCCACUCAAACGUUUUCACAGCUAAGCACUUUAUGAGUAAACAGGAGUUGUGUAUCGACACAUUCUGUCGUAUGUCGGCACGCCGCUUGAGUGCAAUAGGAUUGAAUGUUUACAUUUUUAUGAAGAUUUUAAGGUACGUAUCAGGAGGCUGGCURAUCAGUUGGACUUAGGUAGCCCUUGAGAAUAAGCAAAAGUCAAAAUUUCUAGUGCCUGACUCUGCCUCGGAUGUGUUUUGAAUAAAUUCUGUAAUGUUUUGUUGCAGGCGCACAGCAGAGUUUCAAUUUCUACAUGUUUUUCUCCUGCUCUCAAACAGGAAAUCACUGCAGAGUUUAAGUUUGUUACAAGAAAGACUGUUUCUAAAGUGUCCAAAAACAUUACUGCUGACAUAAAUGUUUUUAUCAUGAAGAAAAGUAAAAGCAUAAUAAGCUGAAUUUAUACAUGAAGCAGUAUAUUUGUAACUUCAAUAGCCGGAUAAUGAUUUAGAUUCAAUUUUAUUCAAUUAGAAACUAAAAAAAAAACAUUUCUCAACCACAGCUUUCUAAAUGUGGCAGCUUAGAUUAUUUAUUUCUUUAUUAUUAUUAUAAUCAAACUUAGAAAUAUUACCUUAAGUGCAUUUUAGCCCAUAUUUUGAGUAAAAUGAGCUAACACACACACACAAAAAAACAAACAAACAAAAAAACAAAACAAAGCAAACCCGGAGGCAGCCUUGUGUUUUUAUUGUUUUACUUUAAUGAAGGACGUCAGAAAUUAUUUAAAGUCAAAUUCAUUUUUUCCACUCAUGACAUUCAUUGAACAAGUACCUCUUAAAUGUUUCCAAAGGUUGUUUGAAUUUGCAAAUGAAGCCUUUGUAUGAGACUUUAUUUAUUGAUGCAUAAUGUGUUGUUUGAUUUUAGGUUAAACAACCAGUUUAAAGACAUAAAGCUGCUGAUGUAUAGUAAAMACUAUCAGUGACACUGGAGAACUUUUUUUAAUUUUUGAAGCACAGCUUAAAAUAUGUUAUAAUUAUUUGGUUUGAUGAGGAUUGUGGUUCCUGUGGAAAUAAUUUAGCUUUUCGUUCAGAGUCGAAACACUGGGAAUCAGUUGGAAUUCCCUUCUGUUUGUUCUGUAUCAUAACCACAAAGUAUWCACCUCGUAUUUUAUUUUAAAUGAAGAAACCCCCAGCUUGUGUGCCUUGCUCAUCAGCCUCUUCAAAUAUUGAAGGUUAAUUUAAUUUCAUGGUUUGUAUCAGAACUAUUACAUGUGCUGCGCUGUCGGUGCAUCACUUAUUGUAUUUAUUUGCCUUACGUGCAGACAUCCGAAUGUUACGCGUCUGUUUUUAUUUAUUGCCAGUCUGCUGAUUUUUUUUUUUUUUUUUUUUGCUAUCACGAUAAGAAGCCUUACAAGAGCUCUGUCCUUGGGAAAAAAACAAACAAAAACAUUUGGUUUUCGUCAGAUCUGCGGUGUAGUAAACAGUUAUGUAACAAUGAGUGCAGAGCUUUGUGUCGGCUUCAGCUGAAGUUACGUAAAAUACAAACCGUCAGGAAGCAAACAGAAACAAAAACGAGACGUGAAAKAACUCGAGCAGGGGCCUUAUUUUUCUGUAAGAAGAAGGAGACUUUUCGGUAACCAUCUGUUUGAAGAACAGGUGACGUGUUUUAAAACUCCCUGUGGGAUUCAGUGUUGUGAAAUAAGAAGUAGAGCAUGCAGUCGUAGUGUUAGUCGGUACUUGUCCUUGUAGCAUGUAGGAGGUGAUUGAUUUCAUCCGGUGUUUGCACCGCUGUCCUUCACACAAGGAACAACUGUACGAACCUUACUGCAGCAUUUCGCUGUUCACAACCUGAGGAGGUAUAAAAACAUCAAUAAAGUUUUUAUCUGUACUUCAAA